AUGGCUGAGAGGACAAACGCGAUGGCGGCGCCGCGGCCACUCCUGCGCCGGAUGCUCUCGUUUCGGGAGCCGCUCCUGGUCAUCCCGUACCUGCUCAGCUUCCUGGGCGCCGCGGCCUCGGCGCUGGCCCGCAGCCACUCGUCGCUGCUGCACUCGCUCGCUAGGGCGCUGUUCCCGCCAAACGCCAAGCACGCCGCGCACGCGCCGUCGUCCGCUGCCGCCGUCGCCGCCGCUGCCGCGCCGCGCCCGGACGACAGCGACGGCGAGGACGAGGACGCCGCGCUGAGCAAGGCGGAGGUGGAGGCGAUCAUGGCCACGAUCGGCCUCGCGGCGGCCGGGCGCGGCGAGGGCCUCGACGACGUCCGCGGGCUCUUCGACGCCGAGGAGCCCAGCUUCACGGAGGUGCGGGCCGUCUUCGCGGUCUUCGACGCCGACCGCGACGGGUUCAUCGGCGCCGAGGACCUGCAGGGCGCCCUGGCGAGGCUCGGCAUCCGGCAGGACGCCGCCGCGUGCCGCGCCAUGGUCGUCGCGGCCGGCGGCGGCCGGGACGCGCGGAUGAACCUGUUCCAGUUCGUCAGGUUCCUCGAGAACGGCCUGUGCUGA